AUGGCGGCCUUUGAAGACGAAUCAAAUACAACCCAGACAAAUCCGAUAUGGGAACUUCCGUUCUUGCACUUUGAUGAACAAGGAAACCAAGUGGAAGUUAUCAAGGAUAAAACUCUUGAAGACUGUGUGGGAUACAAUAAGCCACCUCAACUGAUGUUCUGCGGUGAUUUCUUGUGUGGUUGGGACCCGGUGGUUGUGGAAGAUCAUCCAGAACCACCUUUGUCCAUAGGCUGGACUGAUUGUGAAGUCAACCCACCCAUGGACAUUGUGGCACAGAGACCCGACAACAGAUUUGCUUUGAUGAUUCUCCUGCUCAACGAUGACUACAAUGGUGUGGAUCCAACUUACGAGUUCUACCAUACAAGAGUGGAUUUCAGAGUCAAUGAACAUGAGCUCAUCCAUAGAUACGAUUUCCGCGCAAGAUACUCAGCCCAACUUAUUUUUGAUGAAAACACAGUCUUGGAAGUAGUUGCUCAAAAGACUUUCACCGGCAAAGGUAUCACCGUGAAUCUUCCCCAUUAUUGCCGAACAGCUCAGGUUUUGCUUCUGGCCACUUGGCUGGUAGCCAAAUUCAAGGAAGAAAUGCAAUACAUGAAUUUGACCAGUCCUCAACGCAAAUUGCUGCAGUGUUUACGAGUUCAUCCUGCUAACUACCACGAAAAUAAUGUGUGUCCAUCAAACUCACAGUGCUUACUCUCCGUAGGUUCUGUCACACUGUGUAAUGUAUGA